GUAAAUGGUCCAGGCUCUCUAGCGGACCGCCCCCUUCUUACAUCAUCGAGUGCUCUGACGGUCUUUAUUUUUGUUUUUGGGGACAGCUGCUGAUUUCGAAGUCAUUCUCAUCAAAGCGAAACGGAAUUGCCACUGUUUUGAUCGAAGAACACGCGACAUUCCACAGUCAUCGCCCUAUCGUGCUCGACAAGCACAAGUUAUGAAAAAUAGAAAGGGUUUCCCUAUACACUCGCUUGUCAAAGGGGCCCUUUCAUGGAUACACGCAACACGAUGCGGAGAAAGUUAAGAAGUGUGCAGGUCUGCAAGAGGGCGGCCGUGCAGAAGGGGAACAUGAAGCGGGACGUGGGUAAAGUCCUGCGGGCAAUCCCGGUGGGGAAUAACGAGGACACGGAGGUUCCGAUGGAGGCCAGAGACGACCCGAUGGAGCAGGACUGUUUCUCCACGGGCUUCUUCAAAAACGAGGACUUGGAGAACGCCAUGAUCAUGGCCCCGCGCUACAGUCUGCUGCGCGAGGUGGGUCGGGGAAGCUACGGGGUAGUGUACGAGGCUGUGGCCCGGAAGACAGGAGCCCGAGUCGCCGUGAAGAAGCUCCGCUGUGACGCUCCGGAGAACGUGGAACUCGCCCUGUCGGAGUUCUGGGCCCUGGCUAGCCUGGAAAAGAAGCACGAGAACGUGGUGCAGCUCGAGGAGUGUGUGCUGCAGAGAAAUGGACUUGCACAGAAGAUGAGCCACGGCAACAAACGAUCCAAACAGUAUCUGCGGCUAGUGGAAACCUCGCUAAAAGGUGAGCGUGUCCUAGGCUGUCCUGAGGAACCCUGCUACCUGUGGUUUGUGAUGGAGUUCUGCGAGGGGGGCGAUCUGAACGAGUACAUCCUGUCCCGACGGCCCGACCCGCGCACCAACCGCAGCUUCAUGCGGCAGCUGAGCCGCGCCGUGGCCUUCCUGCACCAGAACAACAUUGUGCACCGCGACCUCAAGCCCGACAACAUCCUCAUCUCCCAGCGCUCCGGCAAGCCCGUCAUCAAGGUGGCCGACUUCGGACUCAGCAAGGUGUGCGCCCGGCUCGGGGCGGAGCCGGACGGAGCCGGCGGCGGUGACCACGGCGACCGCGCCGCAAGCCGCGCCAACCGCAACGUCGUCAACGUCAACAAGUUCUGGCUGUCGUCGGCGUGCGGGUCGGACUUCUACAUGGCGCCGGAGGUGUGGGAGGGCCACUACACGGCCAAGGCGGACAUCUUUGCGCUGGGCAUCAUCAUCUGGGCGAUGAGCGAGCGCAUCACGUUUAUCGACGGCGAGUCGAAGCGGGAGCUGCUGGGGUCGUACGUGCGGCGCGGGGCGGAGAUCGUGCCGGUGGGGGAGGCCAUGCUGGAGAACCCCAAGAUGGUGCUGAGCAUCCCGGCGCGGCCGCGCUCCUGCAUGAGCGAGGGGCUGCGGCGCCUCCUGCUGGACAUGCUGGCCGUUAACCCGCAGGACCGGCCCGACGCCACGCAGCUGCAGACACGCAUGGACCAGAUCACCUGCGCAGCCUGACGCGCGCACACACACACACGCACGCGCGCAUGAAUGCAUCUGCACAGGUGCCGUGAGGGAUGACAACCUUCAGGAUGAGAACUGUGAAGCAUCAGGAAUGACAACUCCAGCGAAAAGCCAGUUGAAUUAUGCGCAUACACAAACACACACACACACACACACACAAUCCACAACCAUCUUCAUCUGUUUGUCAGUUUCUUGUUACGUGGUUAUUAACACACCACCUCCACCUCCUCCUCCGAAGCCUAGCUGAAGAUAUCAUGAACAUUUGCGCACACACACACACACACACACACACACACACACACACACACACACACACACACACACACACAAACAGCUCCAGUCGUGAUCAGUGUUUGGACUCUGUGUGAAGCGCUGCCUGGAUAAUGGUGCGUGAGGAAGAGGAUGGCGGUGACAUGAUGAAGAAGACGAAGAAGCUGUGAAAUGGGAACUGUAAUGUGAAUGUGGUGUGUGUACCACGACCCCCCUCCUCUGGUCAAAACACACAAGUGCCUUCAUGUGCCUGUCAGGAGGAGAGAAAAGGGAAAUGUGUAAAAUAUUCGAUUUGCAUCUCAUAUGGAUUGGCCUAAGACAUGCUGUUACUCUCUGUGCAUGAAUCCAGUCUGCUGAUCCAGGAGCAGCGCAAUCCGUGCUACUGCACGACCCAAGCCAAAUUGACCUAAAAGUCAUUAUUUCGAAUCUUUAUACCAAUAUCAAAAGACAUUUAAAUGUAUGUAAA